AUGUUAAUGCUCAGUGCUUAAGAGGACAAAUCUUCAAUAUAGUUAGUUAGUCAUGCUUACCUUGUUCUAGCAAUUGCUUAGACUGUUUUAAUGUUAAUUCUAAUUAAUGUACAUCAUGCCCUCAAAGUUACUUAAAAAGCUUAUCUAAUACUUCUACAUGUAUUUAAAGUUGCUAGUAAGGUGAAAUUUAAGUCUCAAAUGAAUCUUGUGCCAAAAGCUAAGUCUAAGGAUGCAUCGAAUAUGACUCCAACUAAACAUGUCUUAAGUGUAAUUCAAAUCUAAUUAUAGAUUUAAACUAAAGGUGCAAUCUUAAACCAAAUAUUUGUCCUUCUGAAUACGAUUUUAUUUAAUAACCAUACUCAUAAGAUUAAUGCGUAAAAAGUUGUGAAGUAUCGUAUUAUUAAAAUUAGAGCACUUAAAUAUGUGAAAAAGUUAUUUAGUGCAUUUAAUUUGACUAAAGCCCAUAGCAAUUUAAAUAUAUAGUUUAGGAAAUAGGCAGUUUUUAUGAAGACUAAUAUCUGA